CAAGCAUUGAGUAAUAAUCAUGUCCACCACGAGAACGCUUCUGCUUGUAUGUGUUUCCAUCCUCUACUACUCCAUCCAUGGAGGAUGUAACAAAAUAGGAGUGAACAAUGGAUUGAUGGGAGACAAUUUGCCUCCCGCAGAGGAAGUAGUAACUUUAAUGCAGAACAACAAUAUUGGGAAGUUGAGGAUUUACAAAGCAGAGCCUCUUGUACUAAAGGCCUAUGCUAAUUCUGGGAUCGAAAUUAUUUUGAGUGUUGCAAACUUCCAAUUGCGGAACAUCUCCUCCAGCCAAGAAGCGGCAGAUAAGUGGGUCGAUGACAAUAUUCGCGCAUACUAUCCUGCCACCGAUAUAAAAUAUAUUGCUGUGGGCAACCAGGCUCUUGAAAAGCCCGAAUAUGGAAUGUAUGUUUUUCCUGCCUUGAAUAACAUAGAACUUGCUGUUCAGAAGGCCGGUCUGGAGGACAAAAUCAAGGUCUCCACCACACAUGGCAGGGCAGUUAUACCCAUUUCGUUCUUUCCAUCGAAGGGAGCUUUCAGUGAUAGUGUGAAGGACAAUAUGCGCUCUUUUCUGCAAUUUCUUGAAGAUCAUGGCUCCCCUUACAUGGCCAAUGUUUAUCCUUAUUUUGGGUACCUAGAGAACGCUAACAUUAGUUUAGAUUUUGCCUUGUUCAAAUCCACGGCUCCCAUUGUGAGAGACGGGCUUAGGAUUUACAACAACUUGUUUGACGCCUUAGUGGACACUAUCUAUUCGGCCAUGGAAGCCCUGGGAUUUAGCAACAUACCAAUUGUUGUUACUGAAAGUGGAUGGCCGUCUUAUGGAAGUGGGGAAAAUGGGGUUGCCACCAUGGAAAAUGCCCAGACAUACAGCAAUAAUCUGAUCAAACAUGUGUUGUCAAAGACAGGGACGCCCAAGAGACCUGGAAAAAGCAUCGAGACUCUCAUCUUUGCUCUUUUUAACGAGAAUAUGAAAGGAGGGGAUGAGACGGAGCGUCACUUUGGCCUCUUCUACCCAAAUAAAACGCCUGUUUACCCUGUGAACUUUUCUCCCUAGCUAGGCAUAUUUCUCUAGUGUUCACUCAUUUGAGAAAUAAUAUUUAUAUAAAUAAAAGUCAGAUCCGGACUACAAUUAUCUAUGUACUCUACAUGAUGAUACAUGACUAAUGUAAUCUUUUCACCACGGAAGAAAAUAGGUUGCGUUCACAUAGGAACUCUUUGCUACAUGAUAUAUUUUGUUAACGA